UUUAGAACCUAUAUUAUCACCAGACUCCGGCUGCACACCAAAAGAGGAGGAAGACUCCGAUGGAAAACCAUGCAGCACUUUGAACCCAUGGAGACAUGGCACAUAGGUUCCUCUUAUCUACGAACAGAUUCAGCGCCAGAUUCGCCUUCAUAUUCACUGUGUCACUGUCCUGUACCUAUUUAUGCUAUAGUAUUCUUUUUUGUCGCAGCACAAUCAUGACAAACCAGGGCUAUGAAGGGAAAAAGUGCCCGCCGAGCAAGAACGCAGGAGGGAAGAAACUUCUUGGAAAAUUAGACAAUUGCGCUUCGCUGGAAGUCAGGUCCGCUCUGGAUGAGUCCGCAGCCCAGCGAGGAUCAAGUGAUCUCCGCGACCACAUUAAAGCCCCAGCCUCAUCUGGAAGUCACUGGGCUGACAUGAAAUUGAGAAACAUGAGCGUUGCGCAAAAAUAUGGGAAUAAGAAGCUGCCUAAUGCGUUAAUAGUGGGUGUAAAGAAAGGAGGCACUAGGGCGGUGCUGGAGUUCAUCCGGAUACAUCCAGAUGUGCGCGCUCUCGGAACAGAGCCGCACUUUUUCGACAGAAACUAUGACAGAGGACUUGAUUGGUACAGGGGACUAAUGCCACGGACACUAGACAGCCAGAUCACAUUAGAAAAGACUCCAAGUUACUUUGUCACCAGAGAGGCACCCAGACGCAUCUCCAACAUGUCCCAUGGGACCAAGCUGAUUGUUGUGGUGCGUAACCCAGUCACAAGAGCAAUCUCCGACUACACGCAGACUCUUUCCAAGAAGCCCGACAUCCCUACGUUUGAAGAGCUGGCCUUUAAGAACCUAAGCCUUGGUCUCGUCGACUCUUCCUGGAACGCUAUUCGGAUUGGGAUGUAUAUUCUGCACCUGGAGAACUGGCUGCAGUAUUUUCACCUUUCGCAGAUGCAUUUUGUGAGCGGGGAGCGGCUGAUCACGGAUCCGGCAGGGGAAAUGGGCCGCGUUCAGGACUUUUUAGGACUGAAAAGAAUAAUCACAGACAAGCACUUCUACUUUAAUCGAACCAAAGGCUUCCCCUGUCUAAAGAAGCCGGAGAGCAGCAGCCAGCCGCGCUGCCUCGGCAAAUCCAAGGGCAGGACUCACGCACAGAUCGACCAGGAGGUCAUAGAUCAGCUGCAGGAGUUUUAUAGGCCAUUUAAUAUCAAAUUCUAUGAAACUGUGGGACAAGACUUCAAGUGGGAUUAAGAGUGCCGUACAGAAACAGGGCUGUUUUUAAAAUGGCUACCUCUGGAGACAUUGAAAUACAAAUGAGUGUCUUCAACAAAAUGUGUUCAAAUGACUUGAAUUGAGCUAUGUAUAGAUUGACAGAAUUUAUAUAGAAUAAGAUACAACUCAGACAUUAAAAUAAAAACAUAUGAAAGGUGUUACAUACUGGAGUUGGGUCACAACAAUUGCCAUUUCUUUAAAAUAUAUAUAUACAAAACCAAGUUUUCUUGACAUAUGGAUUCAUCAACAGGCAGGGUUAAUUGAUUAACCAAGUCAAUAGCAAGCAAUAAUCACAAUGCCUUCAUGUCAUUUAGUCACACCAGACCUACAUUAAUGACGUUUGAAUAUUCAUUGCCUAGAUUGCUUAUUUAUUCAUAAUUUCUGCUCAAACUGAACCAGCAGCUUUGCCAUUAAAAUGAGCUCUCAACAUGAAGUUCCAGCAAAAUGUCAAAUGAAUAAUCAAAUCAGCCUGUUAAUUAUUCUGCAAUGAAACUUAUUGACAAAAGUUCAUAGGCAGCAGUGACAAAUAUGCUGAAUAAAUGUACUAUAACUGAGAAGGAAAACUCGAUAUGUAAAGAUAGAUGCUAUAACACUGAUAAAGGUUUACUGCUUGUUGAAUUUCAGCUCUUUCUGUGUCAGUAUUUUUGUUGUGAUCAUCCAAAUAAAAGGCAGAAUUCUUAAA